UGCUUGGCCUGUUGGUAUGCGGACAUACCUGUUUCCAGGAGGUCUCCACUUCAUAUGUGCCACAUCCUGAGCGGAACAGAAGAGAAGAGCAAAGGACAGACAAGAGAUACACAAUGUCAGUUCCUGGUGAAUUCCUGUCAGAGGAGCAGUUUACCUGUUCUAUUUGCUUAGAUGUCUUCACCAAUCCUGUCUCCAUACCCUGCGGCCACAGCUUCUGCUCAUCAUGCAUCACGUCCUACUGGGAGGGUCAGGGGAAAAGAUGCUUCUGUCCUUUGUGCAAGGAAAGCUUCCGCAAGCGUCCUGAGCUCCACAUCAAUCACUCGCUCAAGGAGAUCACAGAGAAGUUUAAAUGGAUGGCGGACACCACGAUGAGUGCACCUGCAGAUUCACCAUCCAACUCUCUUUCUGCAGUGAAACCUGAAGCGCAGAACAGACCGGUAGAGCUGCCCAGAGGCCUCCUACCAGAAAUGAGAACCCGCUUCCAAAGUACAUCAUCCACCCAUGGUGCUCAUUCUCUCCCUCCUGCCAAGACACCUAAGCGAAACUUAAGUGUGAGUGGAACAGGUUCCAAUGGGCCAGAGUGUCCCAGACAUGGGCAUAGUUUGGAGCUACUCUGCAGGACUGACCAGACAUGCAUUUGUAUAACAUGUGCAGAGAAGGAACAUUAUGGGCAUUCUGUGAUAGAUGCCAAAAGAGAGAUGAAUAUUAAGAAGUCCCAGUUGCGCAUCUUGGAGGUGGAGCUACAAGGAUUGAUUACAGUCAGAGAGAGGAAGAUAGAGGAGAUCCAAACAUCACUUGCAGAAAUUCAAGUAAAAGCAGACCAAGAGAAAGCAGGUACUGUGAGUAUGUUUGCUGAGUUAAUGAAAGCUGUUGAGAAGUCCCAGGCUGAACUUCUGGAGGUGGUGGAGAUGGGACAGCAUGCUGCAGAACUUCGCUCUCAGGCCUUCAUACGUGACCUGCAGAUGGAGAUCUCUGAACUUAGAAAUAGAUUUAGCGACAUCAAUCAGUUGGCCCAGUCCAAAGAUCAUGUUUCCUUCUUCAAGACAUAUCCAGCCUACAGUACUUUACCUGAGACAAAGAGCUGGGCAGAAGUGGUCUUGACCCCUGACCCCACUGCAGGAGUAGUGCUGAGAAAUGUCACUCAGAUGGCGGAGGAGGUUCAGGAAGCCCUAAGAAGACUAUCUGCGAUCUGUUUGCGCCCUUCCACAGGAAACCCACAGGAAAUAUAUCAACAAAAAGUAUGGAAAGUGCAGGAAUAUGCAAUGGACGUGACCCUAGAUCGAGACUCAGCCCAUCCGCGUCUGAUAAUCUCUGAUGAUGGUAAACAGGUGCACUGCAGUGACCGCUACCAGACGGUGCCAGACACAAUUGAACGGUUUGACCGUGUUGUGUGUGUACUUGGCCACCAAGGUAUUAGCUCUGGCUGCCAUUACUGGGAGGUUGUUGUGGGUGAGAAGACAGACUGGGAUUUGGGCAUUGCUAGGUGCUCCAUCGGCAGGAAAGGAAAAAUAGUUGCAAACCCAGCUAAUGGAUUUUGGUUUCUAAGUCUACGAGACAAGCAUGAAUAUGUCUUCCGCACAGAACCAUCAAUGCCUAUAGUUGUACACCCAAAACCACAGCACAUUGGCGUCUAUGUUGACUAUGAAAAAGGUCAAUUGUCCUUUUAUAAUGCAGAUACAACGUCACUGAUAUUUACCUUCACAGACUCCUUUGCAGAGACUUUAUAUCCUUUUUUCAGCCCAUGCACGAACAAAUCUGGCAAAAAUGAGGCCCCGCUUAUCAUAUGUCCUGCCUAUCCAGCUAACCCAAGCUGGUAUACUGAAAAAUGAAAUAAUACUGGGAUAGAACCAAAAAAUAAAGCUCACAGGGUUUGUUUACUUUAUUAUUUAAU